AUGACAGCAGUCCAUCGCAGUAUAUCCCUUGAAGAAUGGGAAGCCAAGACACAGCUAUCCGAGAGCGAGCUUCAAAGCGUGUACGAACUUCAAGAUGCUUGUGCUGAAUUGCCAUUGCCUUCCAACUGGUCAUCAUCGUCACCAGCCCUACCUCGUUCUUCAGGUGGACAUACACCAGACUCAUUACCAGGCAGCGGCACUACACAAUUGACGCCCUUGAAUGCGGGAGCACUCUCCAAUCGCUUAUUGACAUUGUCGACACGGCCACGAUCGAGCACCAACUUGCUUAUUGAAACAACUACAGCAGACUCAGAAGCACAAACGCGAUCAGCACAAGAAUUGGGUGCCGAGAAACCUGUUGAGACCUUACAACAGUUUUUCGAUUGGUUUGCUCAAAUGGAAUCAGAGAUGGAAAGGGAUCAAGAAGAUAUCUAUCGGAACUACCUUGGUGUCGUAUCUCAAUAUCGCCAAUCAUGUGACGAUUUCUUGAAGGAUUUGGAGGAUACGUCAAAGCUCUUUGAUGAUUUGGGCAACGAAUAUGGAUUUGUGGAAAUGCGUACGCGAUCUCUUCAAUCAGCAUGUGAGAAGCUCUUGAAUGAACAGGAACGUUUGACAAGAUUGGCAGAUGCGCUUGCUGAGAGGUUGACCUACUUUAAUCAACUGGAGCCGAUUGCAAAGCUAUUCAAUUCCCCCGGCGAAGAUGUUUGUCUUCAUCCAGAAUUUGUUCCCAUGCUUCAGAAACUAGACGAAUGUAUCCAAUACAUGCAGCAACACCUCAAAUACCGUGAUGCCGAGCUGUAUCUUAUGCGUUUUCAACAAUGUCUCACACGAGGAAUGACGGUGAUCAAAAUGUACCUGGUGUCAUCCAUCAAAUCACUUGGCUACGACGUUUACAAACAAAUCUCAUCCAAGACCACCGAUCAGCCCCUCGCUCUUAGCAAACAAACGACACUGCUGUACGUCAAGUUUCGAAUGUUAUCAUCCACCUUGAAACCUCUCAGCAUUGAGCUCAGUAAACGAUGUGAAGGCCAUAAAGAGUAUCAAGCAUUGUAUCAAGACAUUUUGAGUUCUUAUUUCCAAACUCGGCAAAAUCUCCUGGGUCCUGUGAUAUCACGCAAGAUACAAGAUCUCGGACCCUACAAUGGCGACUUGCUUGAAUUUGCAAGGAAUGGAUGUGCAUACAUGAUGAGCUUAUGUCUGGAUGAAUUCAACCUUUUCUUUAACAUGUUCCCUUCCGGUGAUGAUGAUCUAUACACCUAUCUUGAUCUUCUUACAAGUUAUCUUUACGACUAUUUGAGGAAACGGAUUAUUCACGAGAACGAUAUUUCGGUUUUAUCCGAGUUAUGCAACAUAUUCCAGAUGUACGUGGCCACGGAUCGGGAGCUUACAAAUGACGACAACGAUGAACAGCAACACAGCCUAGAAUUUGGACAUCUUAUCGCAAACGUGCUUGAGGACGCACAAGCCAAGUUGGUUUUCAGGGCACAGACCUAUAUCCACAAUGAGAUCCAAAAUUAUCAACCCAAGGCUGAAGACUUUGAACUCCAUAAAGCAGCAGACACUACGGAUAUUCCAAAGUCAUCUAUUGUACUUGAGGGUUCCAAAUCUAUAUCAACCACCACUGAGACAACCGAAGAAGCACCAGCUACACUUGCCAUCGAAGAAGAUACAACAGACACCCAAUCCACCAACCCUCCUCCAUCCAACAAUGAUAACAGCUCAGGAUCACCACUGGGACAAGGAACAGAUACGUCACGAGGCUGGUUCCCAACAUUGCAAAAGACUCUCUGGAUACUUUCAAAGCUGUAUCAGUGCGUGCAGACCGUGGUGUUUGAAGAUCUUGCUCAGGAAGCCGUAUCACUUUGCAAUGAAUCUCUAAAGCAGGCCUUUGAAACGAUUACCACUAAAAAGUCACGAUUGGAUGGACAACUCUUCAUGAUCAGGCACUUGUUGGUUCUCAAGGAACAACUUGCACCAUUUGAGGCCAACUUGGUUCAUUCCGGAAAAGAGCUUGAUUUCUCACAUGUCACAGAUACGCUAAAUUCCCUGCAACAAAAUCGGUCGCUCAUCUUUAAUCCCAAUACAUUGAUUGGCUUGGCACAACGAGGUAUGCCCCGUGUCGUUGAAAUCAGCUUGGAUUCAAGGCGGGAGAUCGACCGAGAGCUCAAGCGAAUCUGUGAAAAUUUCAUAUCCGACUGUGUACAUGGUGCUGUGGAGCCGUUAACCAACUUUACCAUCAAAGUAACGACAAUGGCACCUGGAAAGACGAUCGAGAAAGAUGAGAUUCUGGAUACUGUUGGGCAAUUCAAGGAAUCCGCUGGUGAAAGGAUACGAUUUGUUGUGAGGAAGCUGCGUGAAUAUGUCAAUGAUUACAAAAUCGAGCAAAUCUUAAUGAAGCCGAUACAGAUGAAUGCACUAGAAGAGUACAAGGGAUUUUAUCGAGCGGUGGAAUCACGGAUGGGAUCCGAAGAUAUACAUGAAACACCUAUUAUGUCUGUAGAAGCAGCAGCUGUAUGGUUGUCACAAGUGAAAGAUCAAAUCGAUGUUAAUGACGAUCAUGAAUAA